AUGGAUGAUAUACCUGAUUUGGUUGAAGAAUUGCCUGAAGAUUUCAAGGAAAUUUCUGGAGGAUCUAGUAAUAAUAAACUAGAAGAGGUUGGCAAAAUCCCUUCACCUCCUGCAAGACAAAUAGAGGAACUUGAAAUCACUGAUGAGAAGAAAAAGAUCCCGAUUACAAUUAUUACUGGGUAUCUAGGAUCUGGAAAAUCUACUCUAUUAGAAAUGAUUGGUAAAAGUUCAAAAAAGAGAUUGGCUAUAAUUUUGAAUGAGUUUGGGGACUCAUCAGCAAUUGAGAAGGCCAUCACAGUAAAGGAUGCCGAAAAAAAUGAAUCAGUGCAAGAAUGGCUCGAUUUGGGUAAUGGAUGCCUUUGCUGCACGGUAAAAGAUAAUGGUGUUCUUGCAAUAGAGCAGUUAAUUGAAAAUUCUAGAGGUAAAAUUGAUUAUAUUUUGUUAGAAACUACAGGUGUUGCUGAUCCAGCACCAAUAGCCAAGAUGUUUUGGAUAGAUGAAGGAUUAUCAUCCAACGUCUAUAUAGAUGGAGUCGUUACUGUCUUGGACGCACAAAACAUCCUUAAGUGUUUGGACGAUGUUGGUGGGCAUUGGCAUAGAGAGAAUAAGCAUUUGAAAGUUAGUCAAAGUGUCAAUGCCGAUGAUCUCACGGAGGAGGAGAUCGAAGAUGAGAGGAAAAAGUUAGAGGAAGGUUUAACGACUGCCCAUUUACAGAUUGCCUUAGCUGAUACAAUCUUAAUAAACAAGGUGGACACAUUGCAAGAUGAAUCUUAUGAUGAAAAGAUUCAAGCUAUUGUAGAUAAGAUUAAAGGAAUAAACUCCAGCACACCUAUUCACACGACAAGUUUUGGUGAUAUAGAUGUAGAUAAGAUCUUGGAUUUACAUGCAUUUGAGGCAAACACAGAAAAAUUAACACAAUCGAUAAAUUAUAUGAAUAACUCAACCUAUCAUGACGACAGAAUUGCCACUGUAACUAUAACCUUUCCCUUUUUUGAGAACAAUGAAUUCAACAAGAUUGAGUCGUUUAUUCAAUAUGUUCUCUGGGAAAACACUGCUAAUCACAACCCUAUCGAAAUCCAUAGAAUUAAAGGAAUAUUGGUCAACAGAAGCGGAAAUGAAGAUUUUGAUGUAAGAGUGAUACAGGGUGUUAGAGAGACCUAUGAUAUCAUUGAAGGAGGAAGACUAGUCGAUGGAAUCACACAAAAUAAACUAGUGUUUAUUGGCAAGAACUUAAACUAUGAUGAUUUAUACUCUGAAUUACAAAAUUACUUACAAAAGUAG